AUGACAAUCUGGACGUCUCCACAUCCCGAUCUCGACAUUCCGACACACUGCACGACGUACCAAUACUUCUUUGAAGAAAAUCCAGCAUUAUCUGGGGCAUAUGAAAAUGCUGUCACGAAAGAACGUCUCUCGUUCAAAGAUGUCAAGCACAAAGCUGAGCUAUUGUCGAGUAUCUUCGUCCGCCGCUACAAUCUAAAACCAGACGAGACGGUGAGCUUGUUCUCUAGUAAUAGUGUGUGGUAUCCCGUCGGAGUGUGGGCUACAGUCAGAGCUGGAGGACGUGUCAAUGGAGCUAGUCCAGCCUACAAUGUUGAGGAAACAGUGCAUGCUUUAAAGACAGCUAGGACGAGGAUCUUACUGACAUUGCCAUCCUCCCUGGCGACAGCGAGGCAAGCAGCGACGAAGGUAGGUAUUCCAACAUCGCACAUCUUGCUCCUGGAGGGAAGUGCACCGGGUGUACAGAGCAUUCAGGCACUUAUCACGGAAGCUGAAGCGGAUUCGUCCUUCGAUAUCAUCCCAACAUGGCAAAUACCCAGCAACACCAACAACAAGCAAAUCUGCGGCUACCUCAAUUUCAGCUCAGGCACUACAGGACUACCUAAGGCUGUGAUGCUCUCUCACCACAACAUCAUAGCGCAAUGCUUCCAGCUCCGACAACUCCAAGUCCUCAGUACAGGCGAACCGCCAUCCAAAAUUCAUCCUGAUGGCCUGCCCGAAUACAGGAUCCUGGCAGUCAUGCCCCUCUUCCACAUCACCGGCCUCGUCCGCUUCGUCUCAUACCCAGUCUUCAUGAACGGCCUCUCCGUCAUGCUGCCUCAAUUCACUCUUCCUUCCAUGCUCGAAUCAAUCAUCACCUAUAAAAUCGAAGAACUCAUCCUCGUCCCACCGAUCCUGAUCCGCCUCGUCCAAGACCCAGCCGUGACUCCAUACCUGGAAGACCUCCACAACAUCGUCAAAAGAUGGAGUAGUGGUUCCGCCCCCAUCGCGCCAGAAGUCAUCAAAGCCCUACAACGCAAAUUUCCCGCUACUGGAUUUCGACAGGGCUACGGCGCCACAGAGAGCACAGCAUGUAUCUCAGCACAUCCACCAAGCCAUUUCGACUACAAGUACGCACAUACAGGUGGGAAACUAGUAGCGAACACGAUCGCGAAAGUCGUUGCACUGUCCUCACCGACCAGCGAACCAGACGUUCCUGGGGAGGAAAUCCUCCUCGGCCCAAACGAGACUGGCGAGAUCUGUGCCAAAGGUCCACAGAUCGCAAUGGGAUAUCUCGGCAAUGAAAAAGCUACAAAGGAGACAUUCGACAAAGAUGGCUUUUUGCAUACAGGUGACGUGGGGUAUAUCGACGACGAAGGCCUGAUAGUGAUCAGCGACCGGAUCAAGGAGAUGAUCAAGGUGAGAGGACAGCAGGUUGCGCCUGCGGAGUUGGAGGAUAUAUUGCUAGGACAUGAGGAUGUUGAGGAUUGUGCUGUUAUUGGGAUACCUGAUUCGUAUAGUGGUGAGAUACCGAAGGGGUAUGUCGUGCUUAAGCAGAGAGAUCUGGAGAACGAAGAUACCGGCAGGAGAUUGAUGGAGUAUGUCAAGGCGAAGGUUGUCGGAUAUAAACGAAUAAAAGAGGUUGAAUUUGUGGAGGCUGUGCCUAAGAGUCCGACGGGGAAGCUGUUGAGACGAAUUUUGAAGAGCUGGGAGAGAGGCGAGGAUAACAGUCGAGGGAAAGGUAUGGUGGUGAAAGAGGCAACGAAUGAGAAGGCAAAAUUAUAG